AUGAAUUGGAGCAAGCAAACCGUCGUUCAACUCAAGGCCGAGUUGAAACGCAGAGGACUCGCCACCGCAGGUCUCAAGCAGGAGCUUGUUGAUCGACUCACCAGCAACGACGAGGCCGCUGAGGAAGAGGUUCAGGAGGAGGAAGCCUCUCCAGAGCCCGAGCCCCAACCCGCAGAGUCUUUAGAAGCACUUGCCGACCCUGCCCCCAUCGACACCACCACUGAAGAUGUCGCCGUCGCCGAUUCCGAGAUCACAUCUGCUGAAGCAGUUGUAACAAGCACACGGCCCAUCCCGGAGCAAUCAGUAGUCGAGCCGGGCAACGAAGAUACGAAGACGAAAGUUCCAGAAUCAAUCGCCGCCGCGAACCCUACGCCUCCUGGCCCCGCCGAGAUAGCGCAAGACGCGCAGAAACGAAAGCGCCGAUCUCAGAGUCCUGCCGAAUCGUCUGAGUCGAUUUCUCGCAAGCGCAUCAAGGCAGACCAGGAUCGCAUCGAGGCAGGCAAUACCGACAAUGCACCAAGCCCAGAGCCGGCCGGUUUCGCUGGUAUCAUAAACCAGGCCAAGGAAGUUGUGAAGGACACUUUGAAGGAGAGUCUGGAGGGGGGUAGCAGUCUUCUUGAAGAUGUCGCAGAGGAUGCAAAGAACACGUUGAAAAACAUUGAAGAACUCAAUGAGGGCCACUCUAUCGAACAGGAUCAGCCGACAACGACAAAAGCAAUCGCCGAAGAAGACACGGAAAUGGUGACGCCUCGGGAUGAACUCAACGGAAAGGUGGACGCAGGCUCAGCGGCCGACCAUGGCCACCGCCAGGCAUCCGUCCAUGAUGAGGAGCACCCGGAAGACGGUCCGGUCACUAAACAAGGGCGGCAUGACAUUGCGCCAACAGACGACAAUGGUGCCAUGGAGUACGAAAGAACGGUGCAGCCAGCUAUCCACCCUGCCACCAGAGCUCUCUACAUCAAGAACCUAAUGAGACCACUCAAGGAAUCCAUGGUUCAUGACCGGCUGGUUGAGUUGGCGACUCCUUCUGGCGCCGAGCCGAACUCGGAUGAUAUCGAAGAUGUCUACCUCGAUUCUAUUAAGUCUCAUGCAUUUGCUGUGUUCAGGACGACGACACUGGCCUCGCGUGUCCGCAACGCUUUGCAUGACGUCACUUGGCCAGACGAAAGUAACCGCAAGCCGCUGUCGGUUGACUUUGUGCCACCAGAGAGGGUGAGGGAUUGGAUCCAGGAGGAAGAGGCUGCAGGGAAAUCCAACAGAAGCGCUCGGUGGGCGGUGCGGUACGACACAGAGGAUGAUGGAUAUGUCACCGCCCGCCUGGUCGCUGGCAACGGCCCGGCACCGGCUCUAUCUGCUCCCGAGCCAGUCAGAAAUACACCUCCUGGACCCGCAGUUAAGGAUGUCAACGCCAUUCCUCUCGGCCCUCGUGGCGGUCGAGGAUUUGAAGGUGCUCCCUUAGGUCCCAGAGGAGACUCGCAGCGUGGGCCUGGUCCGAGACCUCCACGAUUGAUCGAAAACUUUCCCGGAGGUCCUGUGCAAACUACGCGAGCUCAUCCUUCGGUUUCCUAUCAGGCCGUCUCAGACGAUCUCGUCAGUAGACGACUGCGGAACAUGCGGUCUUACUACACUAAAGACAUUGACCGAGAUAUGGGCCCAGAGACUGAGAUCAACCGCUAUAUCUUUGAAGAGGGAGAUAAGUUUGUCGACCGCGGUCACGAGAACUUUGUCGGCAUCCGACCUCCGCAUAGAGAAGCUGAGCGGCGCCGACAGAUGGCUGGCGGGGGACCCCCGCCGAGGGGGCCGCCUCCUUCAGCGCGUGGCGGAAGGCGUAGUGGUAACGGCCGUCGAGGCCCCCGGAUGGUCAGCGACAGAUAUCUGCCAGGUAUCAACGAGAGCGGUCCCUACCGCCAGGGCGACCGCGGAAACUUUGGCCCUCGUCCCGACAGCGGCCGCCGUUUCCGUUCUGACGAUCGUGGCAGCUGGCAUUAG